UUUCACAUCCAAUGUCAUUUCCCCCCGUAAACACCGACAUUGAACCAUAUCUCCUUCUGAUUAAUAUAAUCUUCAUGAAUAAAUGCGGAGAGAAGAUGAAUUAUUGAAUGUAUUUUCCAGAUAAAAGAAAAGAGAAAUCGAAUGAAUCUUUGUCUCCUUCCGUUCAUUCCUUACUCGAAAUGAUGAUAUGGUUUAAUGAACACAUUCAUUCCAGACCACAACAGUCUCCUUCUCCUCUGUCUCCCAUCCUUUUUCGGUCAUCACUGUCCCGGCCAUAAUCGGAAAGGAGGAAGAUCUCGUUUCCCUCUUCUGGGGGCAAAACCAUGAAGCAAUUCUUGAAACUAUGGUCGCUGAACAAGCAGAACCAGUGGAUACUGAAAUUCGGAAUCUCGGUCCUCGUGGUGGGUCUUGCUUUCCACCUCCUCUUCAAUCAAUCCACCAGAUUCGAUCCUGAAUUGGAGGCAGCAGCUUCUUCUUCUUCUUCUUCCUACAUUACUGCUAGGACUUAUUUGCCGGUCUCCCCUCCACCUGUUUCGCUGGUUUCCCCUCCACCUGAUUUACCGGUGUCCCCUCCACCAGUGGAAAUGUUGGAGACGCCGUCAGAUGUCGCCGUAGAUGAUUUGCCGGGCCCGCCGCCGGCUCCACAGCCUUCUUCUUCCUCUGCGGCUGCUGCUGAAGUUUCCAAUUCAACUAUGUCUGUAGAUGGACGGCCGGAUCCAGAUGAGAAUGAGGCGCCUGAUGAUGGAAAAUGCAAUCUGCUUGUUGGUGAUUGGGUUCCUGAACCGUCUGGUCCAAUGUACACAAAUGCUACCUGCCGCUUGAUGGAUGGGCACCAGAACUGUAUGAAGAAUGGACGCCCUGAUUCUGGUUAUCUGUAUUGGAAGUGGAAGCCCCGCCGCUGUGAGUUACCUGCGUUUGAUGCACACAGAUUCCUGGAGUUGAUGAGGAAUAAAUCUUGGGGGGUGAUUGGUGAUUCAAUAUCACGCAACCAUGCCGAAUCACUGCUGUGCAUGCUUUCUACGGUUGAAGAAGCUGUGGAAGUUUACCAUGACAAGGAAUUCCGAUCCAAGACAUGGAAAUUCCCUACCUACAACUUCACCCUAGCAAACAUUUGGGCGCCCUUCCUGGUAGAGGCAGCGAUAUUCGAAGACUACAACGGCGUCUCAACAAAAGAAGUCCAGUUGCAGCUCGACAAACUCGACAAGAGCUGGGUAGAUGCUUACCCGAGCUUCGACUACGCCAUAAUCUCGACUGGGAAAUGGUUCCUCAAAGCUGCAGUCUACCACGAGAACAACACCGUGGUCGGCUGCCAUUUCUGCCCGGCAGGUAAGAACCUGACCGAGACAGGAUUCGUCUUCGCAUACGAGAAAGCCCUCAGCUUCGCGAUGAGCACCAUUUUGCAAUCGAAGCACAAGGGACAGAUAUUCUUCAGGACAUCUACUCCGGACCAUUUCCAGGAGGGGGAGUGGCACAACGGAGGGACGUGCCAACAGACUGCACCGGCGAAAGAAGGGGAGUUCGAGUUGAAGGAAGUGAACAAGAUCCUGCGAAAGGUGGAGUUGGCCGAGUUCGAGAAGGCCUCCGCCAAAGCAGCUGAAUCUGGGGUGAACCUCAAGCUCGUCGACUUCACUAAUCUGCUGUUGACAAGGCCUGAUGGCCACCCUGAUGCAUACAGAAAUUUCCAACCAUUUGCUAAAGACAAGAACGCGACGGUUCAGAAUGACUGCCUGCACUGGUGCUUGCCUGGUCCGAUCGAUUACUUGAACGAUGUGCUCAUGGAGCUGGUGCCGCUGCAGCGCUCUGCCGAUUCUCCCAUACAAAUUCAUUCGUCUGCUCAUUCAAUCCAAUCCCCAUUUCCGAGCUUCGUCAAAAUUUCCGUCCACUCUCUCUCUCACUGUAUCUCGCAACAGGCUCCUGCUACAAUAAUGGCGGAAGUCGCAGUUCCUUCCUCUCCGAUCCCGGCGAAGAAGAAGAACAGCAGGAAAGUCCUGAAACAGAAGAAGGAGUCGACGAGCGAGGCGAACGUCCUGGCUCAGGCUCUCACCGAGUCCUCUCCUGCUGCUGUUCUUCCUCCGCCGUCUGAGACCGAUCCGAUGAAGGAGAACAGCGAGAUUCUGUCAUCGGCGAAGAAGGUCAAGGGGAAGGCGGCCAGAGGCGGGAAGCAGCAAGCCGCCGCUGCAGCCAAGCAGCAGCAGUCGUCGUCCUUCGACAAAGAGCUGGAGCAGAUGCAGGAAAUGCUUCAGAAACUGACACUGGAGAAGGAGAAGACGGAGGAGAUGUUGAAGGAGAAAGACGAGAUGCUGAGAGCGAGAGAAGAGGAGCUCGAGAACAAGGGGAAAGAGCAGGAGAAGUUGCAGGCGGAGCUCAAGAAAUUGCAGAAGCUGAAGGAGUUCAAGCCCAAUCUCAACUUCCUGAUAUUGAAAGACAACGAGCAAGAUGACAAAGACAAGAAGAAGAAAAAGAAGGGCGGGGCUGAAAAGAAAAGGCCGUCUCCGCCUUAUAUCCUCUGGUACAAAGAUCAAUGGGCUGAGAUGAAGAAGGAGAAUCCAAAUGCUGAUUUCAAAGAAGUCUCCGUCAUUCUGGGAGCUAAGUGGAAGACAGUGAGUGCAGAGGAGAAGAAGCCGUACGAGGAGAAGUAUCAGGCUGAGAAGGAAGUCUACUUGCAGGUGAUGGCAAAGGAGAAGCGCGAGACUGAAGCCAUGAAGCUCCUGGAAGAGGAUCAGAAGCAGAAGACAGCCAUGGAGUUGCUUGAGCAGUACCUUCAAUUCAAGCACGAAGCUGAUGAUCAAGGGAAUAAGAAACCCAAGAAAGAGAAAGACCCAUUGAAGCCCAAGCAACCAAUGUCAGCUUUCUUCAUCUACACUAAUGAGAGAAGGGCUGCACUGGUUGCUGAGAACAAGAAUGUUACUGAGGUUGCAAAGAUCACUGGUGAAGAAUGGAAAAACAUGUCAGAGAAAAAGAAAGCUCCUUAUGAAGAGGUGGCAAAGAAGAACAAGGAGAAUUACUUGAUUGAGAUGGAGGCUUACAAGCUGAAAAAGGAGGAAGAAGCCUCGCAUGUCAAGAAGGAAGAGGAAGAACUGCUGAAACUUCAGAAGCAGGAAGCCAUGCAACUGCUGAAGAAGAAGGAAAAAACAGAAAACAUAAUCAAGAAAACUAAAGAGAUUAAACAGAAGAAGAAGAAGAAGGACCAGGCUGCAGAUCCUAACAAGCCAAAGAAGCCUGCAUCCUCUUUCUUAUUGUUCAGCAAGGAAACAAGGAAAAGCUUGAUGGAGGAGCGCCCCGGAACAAACAACUCCACCAUCACUGCACUGAUCUCUGUGAAGUGGAAGGAACUGAGCGAGGAGGAGAGGCAAGUCUGGAAUGCGAAAGCCGCAGAAGCCAUGGAUGCUUACAAGAAGGAAAUGGAAGAGUACAGCAAGUCCUCUGCUGCCGCUGCCGCCGGGACGUCAGCCUAGAAUCAAUCAGCAGAAGUUGUAGUUGACCGUAACAGAAUAUGAAUGUUCAAAGUGUCGGGUUGAACGUCAACUGGGUAGCGGGAUUAGGAAUGCAAAAAGGCUGUUAACUGGUUUAAUUUUAGAGCUCUGACCUUUUCCAUUCUGUGGUUUUCCGAGUGCUUUGACUUUUGACGGAGAAGUUAAUUUUGGGCGGGAGACUGGACUGAUGAAUCAUGCUGUUCUUCUAUUAGGCCUCACGAAGGGCCCAUCUUAGUUGGGCUUUUCUUAUUCCGUGUUAGUAGCUUGGCCUUGGGCUUUUCUUAGUCCGUGUUAGUAGCUUGGCCCGAUUGAUUUGGGCCGUACAAGUUUGUUCAUCAAAUGGUUAAAUCUUCUUCUCUUCUGUAGCCACUCCCAGUCCCUACCUCUUCCCCCUACCGCAGAGACUUCUUCGAUUCCAGCUGCCAUCGCCGCCGUCCCCAAAUUCAGUUCUAAGAAGAAAAAAAGUUCGCGCCAUUCGGACUGCAGAAUGAUUUUUCGGCAUUUUCAGACUUUGGAGUAGAAGUGUCGGCGGCAAACAAGAAACUGCUUCUGGAGUUCCGUGAACUUGGGUAAACGAUGAAUUGGGCAAAGGGUUCCCACUUGUUUCUAAGGAGUAGUAAUAGGACUUUGGCUUCUCAUUUCGGGGCGUCUAAUUCGUCGUGUUCAGCUGCUCUGAGUAAAGAUGUUCAAUCUCCAAUGAGGGUGUGUCCAGAAUCGGCGUCUCCAUUUAAUUACUCGGCUGCUCGACAUUUACAUUCUGUGAAAGGAGCAGCGAUCGUUGCAAGGAAUGUGUUUGGUAGAUAUGCAAUGCCGCCUGAAAUUGGAGGAAACUUCUCCCGUUUGAAAGUAGUAAAACAUGGGGCGGAAGCCAUUUCUUACCGGUUUCAACAUGGUGCUGCAGCAAAUGAUAGUCGUUUGAGUAGGAAUUUCCUUGCUCAGCUGUGGGUUUUAGAUAAGAAGGCCGAGAAAUCUGCUAAGAAAAGGUUGCAGAACAAUAAGUAUCGCGGUUUGCGGGUAGAAGACAGAUGCUUUUCACAAAGUUCUGACCAUGAUGGUACAGUAGUUCUAGAGCAGCCUCCUCCCAGCCAGCCGUUGUCUGGUUAUCUCAAGCCAACAUCCCCAGAGGAGGCUCAGGUUGCACCUCUUCUUGCACGGUCCAAUUUACUUAUCACCAGAGAUAUUGAGUGGGCAAAUCUUAUGUUAGGUUUUGAGCAGGAGAAUCGUUAUGCAGUUGUAGAUGUUUGUUACCCCCAAGCACCUGUAGGUCUCAUCCGUGAACAGAGUAACCUGUUAGCUAGGCAGUUUCUUCGUACCAGACGUCCUUUUGUUGCCUUGGUGUCUGAUGCCAUGGCAAACGAGUUGUUCAGGGUCCGGAGGCCUUUUUGGUGGUUAACUAGCUCAAUAUAUGUAGAGAUCAAUGGCAAGGAGAUCGGCGUGGUUCAUAGACGGUGGCACCUAUGGAGGAGGAUCUAUGACUUGUAUCUUGGGUAAUCUUGAAAUAGCAUGAGUUUCUUUGUUCAGACACUCACCUUGCAAUCAAGGUUGCACUACUUGGGAUUUUGGGCCGUAUAACAGUUUCAACCUUAACUCAUUUGGAUGUUUUGUUCUUCUAUGUUGUUUGAUCCUGCACGCUAGCUAGGAAGUUAGAUCAAUAAUUUGUCACCUUGAGCUAUUGUGACUGCUCUGAAAAUUUUCAUAAGCUAACUGGAUGUCACAUUUAUGUUAGUUCAACAUCACGUGUGAGGUCAUAAGCUGGGAGCUCGCAAUUUAUCUGAUUUCUUAUGUCUCUAUUAAUUUCUUUUGUUGUAAAUGGAUUAGUGGAAUUUGUUGUACUAGCUUACUGUGUGUUUUUUUGUGUGGUAGAAGCUAAUUGUGUUCUUAAAACGCCAUAAACACCUUAGACAUGAAUAUUACAUUUAGAAGCGAAUCAAGCACCCCAACCUAAUGUUGGCUCCAGUUGUCUUUCCAGAACUAACACAAUGUCCUUUGCAGAAAUAAGCAAUUUGCAGUGGUUGAAAAUCCUGGACUUUGGAAUUGGACUUUCACUUUGAAAGACAUUGAUGAUCAAGUGCUGGGUCAGAUAGAUCGUGAUUGGAGGGGCUUCGGGUUUGAGAUAUUUACAGAUGCUGGGCAAUACGUGAUACGGUUUGGAAGUCAGGACAUUAACCGUUCUAGUCCGGUUCAAGAACUGGAAGUUGCCCGUCCACUGAGUCUCUCUGAAAGAGCCAUAACUCUAGCCCUCGCCAUUUCGCUGGACAAUGACUACUUCUCGAGGCAUGGUGGAUGGGGACUGCCAAUUGUUGCAAUGACCGAGUAGCAGCAGCAGUGAAAAUGGUAGAUCGUUUACUUGCUGUGUUCACAUGCUCGACGAAGAUGGGUAAUUACUGACCCAACUAAAUAUGGGUUGUAGCAUUUUUCCUUCUCCUUUGUCUGCAAUGGGAAGACUGAUAAGAGAUUACAGUAUUCACUCUUGUUAUCCCCCAUCAUUUUGUUCACUCUUUUAAAGUUCUUCACCAAACGGGUUCUUUUGAUCGAGAAAUGUAAAUUUGUAACCUGCAAAUUUGUUUUUUCUGUGUAUUUUUAGUAGUUUAGAAAGAAGUAUGCACGAUUCAUUUGUUGGGCUGGGCCUCAACGUUAGUUGCUCAAAAUUAGCCGUAUUAGGCCCAGCAUUUUAUAUCCAGUUUUUAGGCCCACCCCUAAUUGUUUUUACCUGUUGGAAUGUGAUUGUUAAUGUUUGGAAAUAAUAGAGCGUCAAGAGAGGGGGAAUGAAUUAUUAGUUUACAAAGUGCCAAGUUGCCAGGUCGCGACUGUAUUUGUUGUUUGCUAAUAUUAGUUAUUAUAAUUAUACAUUGUUAUGAAGGUCAUUAUCUCUUUCAUUAGG